CGCAAUAACGAGUACCAACAAAUAACGACACAAAGUAGAAUGUGUAAAAAAGAAUUUGCAAAUUUUCAGAACUGUCAAAUAUUGUGUCAGUUAGUCGAGAAGAAAAAUCUUAAUGUGCUAAUUUUUUCCACUUGAAUUGGGAAAAGAAAAAAGAAACACAGUGGCAUACAUAAGGAAAUUGUGUACAAGUGCUCUCCCAAUAGAUUUGAGUGUGGUAACCAGAAUGCAAUAAUUUCAAGUGGAUACGUGUGCGGCAUAGUGUCUUUGCAAGUACAAAUCAAGAAAGCACCAGAGAUUUCCACCACGUGUACACAAUCACGAGAGCUGCAGUAGCAUCUCUGUCUUGGAUUUGGCCGAAAAAUCACAAAGCAACAAAUCGCAACGAUUAUUAAAAUUGAAUGCACAAAAACUAGAUCGUGGAGGCCGAAUAAUAGAUGCACCAGUAGGGUCAACUGGGCUGUAACGCAAAGUAGAAGUAAAUAAAUUUGCAGUUGAUACGGUUUUGAGUUGAGAGCAAAAGUUUAUAUACCUAGAAGUUGUGAAAGAAAAUUUAGUAAGAUUUGCAAGCGACUUUACUGCCAAAACGUCGACGAAAACUCCAACUCCAACUCCAAUAACAAAAACCAAAACAAAAGGAACUGUUGCUGCUGUAGAGUCGACAGCAGGUGGUCGUCGAUCGAGUAAAGUGGUAACAGUGGCAGCAGCGGCAGCGUCACCUGCUGCUAAAACAACGGCAACAACGACAACAACGGCGGUCCCAUCGUCAUCAGGUGGUGGUGCAGGCACUGGUGCUGGUGCGGGGACAGGAACUGGUAGCGCAGGUGACGGCGGUGGUGCUCGUCGUCGUAGUGGGCGACGUAGUCAUAGUAGCACUAUUCCGCAGCAACAGCAACAUCAACAGCAUCAGCAGCAGCAGCAGCACACUAUUAGCAAUACUAGAAGCGGUUACAAUAUUAAGACUAGUGCGAGCCGCAAUAGCAACAUUCGCAGUUCUUCGUCCAAUAGCACAAUGGCAUCGUCCAAUCACCGUGGUGGCGGAGGUGGCGGCGGUGUUGGCGGUAGUUCGGGCCUACAAAUUGGCUCGGCGUGGUUUCAACGCAAAAUCAAUUUACGACCACAGCAUCGAGGUGUUCAUUUAGUCACAGAGGAGAUACUCCGACAAAUGCCCGAACUGGUGCAGUUUUCAGUGGGAUUGUGUCAUGUGCAGAUCCUUCAUACAUCGGCGAGCUUGGCGUUAAACGAGAGUUGGGAUCCAGAUGUUAGGGACGACAUGGAAAUGAUGUUAAAUAAAAUAGUUCCCGAAGGCCUACCGUACAGGCACUCGUGCGAAGGACCCGAUGAUAUGCCGGCGCACGUGAAAGCCUGCUUUCUCGGUAGUUCAUUGACAAUCCCCAUAACUGAUGGUAAAUUAUCGCUUGGUACAUGGCAGGGCGUUUGGCUAUGCGAGCAUCGCGAUCAGGCGGGUUCACGCAAACUGGUUAUAACACUGUCCGGGUGUCCUCGUGAGACGGCGCGCAGUCCGCUGUCGCCAGUAUCGCCAAUCGCUUCGACAUCCAGUUAGGGAAGGCCUCGCUCCACUCGCGAUAGUCGGUAAUCGCGGGGGAGCGACAAUAAUGACAUCAUUUCGUCGAGGAAAUUAAUUUUUAAUAGAAAUUUAGCUAAUACCAAAAUCAGUGCAACAACAACAACAACGGCGGCGGCAGCAGCAGCCGCAGCAGCAAAAAGAAAA